AUGAAGUUCCCGCAUACUCCAAUUGUGGUCCUACUCCUGCAGCUAGGCCUUCCAACAACCCGUCUGGGCGUCGCUAAAGCCCUCAAUACACUUUCUCACGACGUCACCAAUGUCACGCUGGAUUCUUUGGUCUUUAAUGACCGGGGAAGAUAUAAUGGUACCAAUCGUAGAAACGGCGACGACGGCGACGAUGAUGAUGACGAUGAUGAUGAUGAUGAUAAUGAUAGGCGUCCGGGUCUCGGCAACUUCGGCGAGAUCCCAGUCAACAGACAGGGGUUCAGAAUGCAAAUUGGAACCCCCCCACAAACUGUGUGGUUAUCACCUUCUUUAAUUCUGAAGGACGUUAUUGUUAGAAAUGCAUCAUCGUGCCACGAUGAUGACGACGACGACGAUAAUGGCCUUGACGAUACAGACGAGUAUCGCCAAGCGGUACGAUGUGAAUAUGCCUCCCAAGGGCUGUUCAGAAGUCAAUUGAGCAGAUCCUUUGAGCGAUUAAAUCAAAGGAUUGAGAUCCCUCCAACACCUUAUGAUUCGAGCCAACGCUUUGAAGGUGAUUUAGUGGAUGGUAUUAUGAUCAGGGAAACCGUGAGUUUUCCGAAUACGUCCCAGGAGCUUAAUCGAGAAGGAUUCGAGGUGGGGUUACACUUGGACCACGAAGACGACGACGACGACGACGACCAUGUAGGCCUCCCCGGGUUUCUGGGGCUCAACCGCGAAUCAACUUUCCUACAGACUUUCUUCCCAAAUAACAAAGUCUUUGGGGUUUCUUUUCCUAAAAUGGACAAAAACUGGGGUAUUGAAAUUGACUUCGACGGUGGGGACGUAGCAAAGUCAACCGGGGGCAUAAUUUCCACCGCUUUCCCUGCAGAUCAACGGCAGUAUCCAUUGUCGGCCAGAGUUGAAUCAAUGGAGAUCAAUGGACAAGAACUUCUUUCGCAGCCGUUUGAUGCAAGGAUUGAUAUUGGACAUCUACCUGGCACCAAGCUUCCCCGCGACGUGUAUAGAAGAUUUGCAAGUGUUACUGGUGCGAAUGGCUAUGCGGAUGAUGACGAUGAUGAUAAUGAUUGGAUCAGAGAAGCAUCGUAUCCAACGUAUAACACAACUGUCCCUACAUUGCUGUCUGAACAAUGGAAUCUCACAGUUCGAUUUUCCAAUGGAUUCGAGACAAGGAUUCCACAACAAUAUUUAAUUCAGGAAGUUAAUUACUCAGACCAAUCUACUUCGAAUUCAGCAUCUCCUCGCCGUCCGCGUUCAAUCUCGAAGAUCACAAACGUGGAGCGAGCGGAUUCCAGUGCAAACGGUGCGCUUCUUUCAGGCCCGACCCUGGGGAGCGAUAUCUUGUUGUUUUCAUAUCUGAUCGUGGAUUACCAACGUAACCAAUGGAGCAUCGCCAGAUCACUUGAUGCCAGUCGAGUCCUGGGCGAGAAGCGCGAGGAAGACGUGGAGGUGCCGAAUUCAGGCGAUGUGCCAGCUCCAGGGGGUUCGUCGGACGGACCGAACGGUGCAGGAGGCGUGGCUGUUGAUAACGGCGUUCGGGCGGUGCUAUGCAUGGGUGUUUUGACGUCAUUGGUUGGGAUACUUGGGCUUGUUUGA